AACUAAACUCCAUCCUUACACACUAUUAUCUACAACAAAAAAUGAAGAUGGUUCUCACAAUCUUAUUCAUCUUAUCUCUUCUCUCCCUCUCCCAUGCCUCUGUAGUAGAUUUCUGUGUGGGAGAUUUAACUUUCCCCAAUGGCCCUGCAGGGUACGCAUGCAAGAAGCCUUCCAAGGUCACUGCAGACGACUUUGCCUACAGUGGCCUCGGCAUUGCAGGCAACACCUCAAACAUCAUCAAAGCCGCCGUGACCCCUGCAUUUGACGCCCAGUUUCCUGGUGUCAACGGCCUCGGCAUUUCCCUCGCCCGUUUGGACUUAGCAUCCGGCGGAGUCAUCCCACUGCACACCCACCCUGGCGCUUCAGAGGCCUUGGUGGUCGUGCAGGGGACAAUCUGCGCCGGAUUCGUCGCAUCCGACAACACUGUCUACCUUAAAACUCUCAAGAAGGGAGAUGUCAUGGUGUUCCCUCAGGGAUUGCUGCAUUUCCAAAUCAAUGAUGGUGGCAGUUCUGCGCUUGCGUUUGUGAGCUUCAGCAGUGCGAAUCCUGGUCUUCAAAUCCUGGACUUUGCUCUGUUCAAGAGUGAUUUUCCCACUGACUUGAUUGCCGCGACCACUUUCCUUGAUGCUGCUCAGAUUAAGAAGCUUAAGGGUGUUCUUGGAGGCAGUGGUUAAAUUAAGACUGUGAAUGUGUCUUUUUUCUUGUGUUAGGUUUGUUGGUGUGGUUUUCAUUUUUGGAUUUGGCAUUCAUGUAAACGUGUGGUUUUCUUCUGUUCUUUUUCUUUGUUGGCAGGCUUUGGUUAACCAGAUGAAUGAUCUGGUUUCGUUGUGUGCUUGUGUUAUUUCUUGAUGUCAAGUUUCUUUUGAAAUGGAGACAAUGUUUGGCCUA